AUGGCCUCAAAGCAUCAUAACGCAGUCGCUCCGCAGCAACCGAGAGGAAGCCGCAGAAGCUUUGCUGCGAAACAGUUGGCAACCGCGCCAACUGCGGCGACCGUCGCUGCUGUCGCAAAGAAGAAGCCUGUAGCUGUUCCCGCCGGUGGAGCAGUAGGAAAAGGUGGCGUGAAACCGGCCAACAAGAAGGCUCCCACUGUUAAGCCUAAGCCCGAAAUUCACGCGGCCAACAAGAAGGCUCCCACUGUUAGGCCUAAGCCCGAAAUUCACGCGGCCAACAAGAAGGCUCCCACUGUUAAGCCUAAGCCCGAAAUUCACGCGGCCAACAAGAAGGCUCCCACUGUUAAGCCUAAGCCCAAAAACGUUAUCGAGAUCAGCGACGACAAGAACGAGGCGACGAAGCAGGUGUCGUCGACGACAACAACAGCAGCAGCAGCAGCAGUAGCAGCUAAUGCCGGUUCUCGCGGCAAACCUUCUCGAAAGAAAGUCCACACUUUCACUUACUUGAUCGCCGCCCGCAGCAAGGAUGCUUGCGGAUUAACUGGGAAACCGAAAGAGUUGGUACAAGACAUCGAUGCGUCUGACGCCGAUGACCAGUUGGCUGUUGUGGAUUACGUCGAGGACAUUUACCUGUUCUACAAACUUGCUGAGGUACGAAUUUUUUCGCGAAUUACCGCUUUCAUACGUUUAUAUAUAUUUACUCUUGUAUCUGAAUCUCUCAUUUGUGAUGCAGCAUAA